CCUUACGGUCACCUUGAACCUUACGUAUUCCGGAUCCCACGGUGGCGCGAGUCAGUUACACAUAGACUCUAAGCCUCUACUUUUGGCACAAAUUCCGUGAUUCGUAAGUUCCAGUCAUGUCCAGUUUCUUCAUCCCCUUGGCUGUAGUCUCCUCCGCCGGGUUCCAGUGUUUCAACUCGGCCCUGGAUCUUGGCUACGUGCCGCUACCGCCCGGGAAAUAUGCCAGCACCGACCGGCAUAGAUGGAGGAACGCCGCUACCUCAUGCUUCAAUGGUGUUGUCGUGUCUGCCCUCGUAGUGUACUGUUUGUUUGUUCAUCCGGAGUCGUGGCAUGAGCCUCAAACGUACUACAGUGUGCUGGCGGAGGCAUGCCUGUCAAUUAUCUCCGGGUAUCUAGUCUACGACACAUGGGACAUAGUGAUCCAUACGGGUUUGGUCAAGAAGUGGACUGUUCUCCUUCAUCAUAUUAUUGUCGCUUUUUUGUUCUACAUGCUGUGUAGGGAACGCCUGGAAAUCGGCUCCUGCAUCAUCUCACUGUUAACCGAAGUCAGCGCCAUCUUUCUCCACUCUCGUCAGCUCCUGCUGAUCCAUGGAUUCUCCAAAAGCUCCCCAGUCUACCGCGUGCACAAACUCUUCACCAUCGUGACCGGCGUCUCGUGUCGUCUGGUCCCCGUCGCCUACGUCUGCUACCUAUCGUUUUUCCGGAUGCAGCCGGAGAUGCCGGUCAUGCUGGCUGUGGCCCUUCCACUGCUGACCCUGGCGGUUCUGGUCAUCAACUGCACGAUGAUUACGCGAUUGAUCCGCAGCGAUUUUCUGAGCACCAGAACCAACAAAGUUGACUUCAUUAUGGAAAACUAGACGUAAGGCGUCCGCAAUAAACUUCCAUA